AAUGUCGCCUCGGGAGGUGGGGACAGAUCCGGUUAGCCCUCUUGGAAGCUGUCAGUUACGCCACAAGUUGUUGACGUCGCGUAAUAACUUCAAAAUAAUUCGUUAGUGUUCCGAAAGUUAUCGGCAAACGGUCAGUCGAUUUCAUAACCGAGCAUGCAUACACAAAUCUGGAUCUGUGAUAGAUGAAUAAAAAAUAUCGUGAAAAUUGUUAUUAGAGAAUUCUCUUAAAUACACGUAACUCCGUUGGCUACGCUAAACGUAAAAUUCCGUGUAAAUGCAAAUAGAAUAAAAAUGACUAUGAAGAAACAAGGAGCACAGUGACUAGUGCCAAAUCAGAAUUAGUCCUUUUUUUUUUUACGAGGCCUCCCCGGCUUUGCGAAUUUUGAAACAGCGUCCAAUAGGAUGUCCGAUGAAGAAUCGUGCGACCGGUGAAACGUGGUACCAACGGAAAGUGAAUGUUCUCCAAGGCUCCAACGGCAUAGCGGCCAUGAUUGCUAUGGCUGCCAUGCCAGGGAACUCAGUACCUGUCAGGUCGUUGUCGCAGGCGUAUUCCCGGUUGGGCUCCGACAAGAAGAAGAUCACGGAGUCGAUGCGUCCCUAAGCUGUAGAAUAUCAAGGGACGUUUUCGAGCCUGAGACCGCGCAGUGCUUUAAACGUGUGCACAAGAAGGAUCCCUCCCGGAGAUUCGAACGUCUCGAUCGGAUCGGCAGCUACGAUUUUCCUAGCCGACACCGCGCGACUGAGUCUCGGUGGAAAUCGACGAGGAAUUUACUAAAGGAGCAUUACGACUGGAGUGUUACGCAAACCAAAGGCGACUGCCGUUAAAACUGUCAUCGGAAGAGUUCGCGUGUGUCGAAGUGAGAGCCGAUCUGCCGAUUUGCCGAUUUCCCAAGAUAAAUAUCGACCGGAUAGUUUAAAAGUGCAAAAGAGGCCGAAAAAAUCAGGAAAUCCGUUCGACCUGCUCCUGAACGAAGUGAUUUACGGGGGUUUGAGUAGGAGCCGAAUCAGUGGUGUGAUCGAAGCAAUCGGGGAUUGCUGGUGACGGGGUGGGACGCGAAGGGGGGACGACGCCGACGGCGACGUCUCUUUCUGGCACCCGAGUGUCCCCGUGCUCGGAAUAGUAUAACGAAGACACCGGUAUGACUAAUGGAGAAGUUUAACGGAGUCGUAAGGAUUUUCAACUGAUCGUGCUCGUGUACCUUUAAAAUUGCUCGGCGUUCCGAUUUCAGAUUUGGAAAUACUUCUGAUCGGUUUAAAGUCGCGCGAACCGAAGGCGCAGCAUUCUCGCCUAAGUGACACCGGAAAAUGAUUGACAGGACAGUCGUGUAAUUUGCAGAACGCAGUCUCACGGUGCAACGGCCGAAUAUCAGUGUCAACCACUAUAGUGCAGCAUAGUGCAGCAUAGUGCAGUUUCGUGCGAUUUCCCAUAUUGCUUGGCCGAUGUAGCGCAAUGUUUGUUAUGCGGACUGUGCUCACUGUAGCAGCCUGCCUGCUCAUCUCAGGCUCUGAAGGUCAGAGGAGCGACAAUACGCCGCCGUCGGUCUGGUUGGAACGCAACUGGGUGCUUUACGACACUGAGCCAGUUGGGAACACGGUGACCAGGGUGCACGCCGAGGAUAACGAGAAGGAUCAAUUGACGUAUGGCUUGGAACCUUUGGGACACAGUUACAAUGGCGAUGACAGCCCUCAGCCCCCGUUGCCCUUCAGAAUCGAGAACACCACUGGGAUCAUCUACAUCAAUGAGACCCUCAAGGGGCGGGGAGGACAGAACCUGUUCCUGUACGUGACAGUCUCCGAUGGGCAGCUCACCUCCAAGACUGAGGUCUACGUCAACAUCAAGAACAGCUCGGCACCCAAUGGAGGACAAACUGGGUCACCCUUUCCAAGUCAGCACGGCUCCGGAGGAAGGAUUCGACCUCCCAUCUUGGGACUUCCCAAUCUACAGAAUUACCCUAGGUUGCCUAUAGCACCGCCACCUCAUCUGAGCCAGCCCCCCUCGCCCCCAGCGCCGCCCCUGUCGACUCAAUCGAGAACCAAGACGACCAGGCUGCAGCCGGCGAUGAAGUUGGAAGAGGAAACGACGAGGUCGACUAGCAAGUUAUCGGAAGAGUCUUCGGAAUUAAAUGAGGUCGCCGGCCCGCCUCUCAGUUCAAAAGUCCCGCCGAGCGAUGUGCAGGCGUCUCAGGACAUCGCGAUGACCAUCGUCCCCGUAGCCGCCGUGUGCGCCCUGGUCCUUGGAAUAGGGAUGGGCGCAUGGUCGCUCAGGCACAAAUUCUGCUCCACGCGAAAAUCAAAGGAGGAAAUGAAGGAACAGGCGUCCGUGAGCAUCUCAAAUAUAUCUGACGACCCUUCGCUGGUUUUGAAGAGAUGGCCAGGUCCAAAGGCAACGAGCAACCGGUACGAGUCCUGGGAGAAGGAGAAUCAGAUGGGAAUUCAGAACAAGUCUCAGGAAGACAGCUGGGAGUUCCCGAGACACAGGCUUAAGGUUUUCAAUAUUCUGGGCGAGGGAUGCUUUGGCCAAGUCUGGAGGUGCGAAGCCCUGGACAUCGACAACCAACCAGGAGCGACGAUCGUGGCCGUUAAGACUCUGAAGGAAAAUGCGACCGAACGCGAGAGACUUGACCUUGCGCAAGAGCUCAAGGUCAUGAAGAGUCUGGAGCCUCAUCCGAACGUCGUGAGACUCCUGGGAUGCUGCACCGAACGCGAACCAAUGUUCGUCAUCUUGGAGUACGUCAGUGGUGGAAAACUUCAGAGUUUCCUGAGGGCAUCCAGAGAAGAAAGGAAUCAUGGCGGUCCUGGUUUGACUUCCAGAGACCUCACCGGUUUCGUUUAUCAGAUCGCCAAAGGCAUGGAGUACCUUGCCUCGAAGGGAAUCAUCCACAGGGACCUGGCCGCCCGAAAUAUCUUGAUAGACGAGAACCGCGCGUGCAAGGUUGCCGAUUUUGGAUUCGCAAGGGACGUCGCGGCCAAUCAGAUUUACGAGAGGAAAUCGGAGGGUCGGCUGCCCAUUAGGUGGAUGGCACCGGAAAGUCUCUACGACAACAUCUUUUCCGUUAAAUCUGAUAUUUGGAGUUUCGGCGUUCUCAUAUGGGAGAUAGUCACUCUGGGCUCGACACCCUAUCCUGGACUCGCAGCAGCCGAGGUAAUGAGGAGAAUCAAAGAGGGUUACAGACUGGACCGACCGGAGCACUGCAAGAGGGAGCUCUACAAUAUCAUGUACUAUUGCUGGGAUAAGGAUCCUGCUUGCAGACCGUCCUUCACGGAAUUGGUCAACUUGGCGGAAGGACUCCUUCUCGAUGAAACGGACUAUAUAGAACUCGACAGGUUCCCAGAUCAUUCGUAUUAUAACGUUCUGAACCUCAGCGGGGAGAAGCUGUAAAUGAUCUUCCACUCGCUAUCUUACCAUACCUGAUUACUAAGGUUUUCAAUCAUUAUGAUAGAAGAUCCUGAAAUACUUGCGCGUGAGCUUGCAUCGUGUGAAAAUGCGUCUACGUAUGUAUGUAUGUAUGAAAAAAAAAAAUGAAAGAUUUAUAAUGACGUAACAACUCUAUUUCCAUGAUGCACAGUUCAUCCGAUUACUCAUUUAUGUUUAUACUCGAAUCAAUUGACGCUCUAAUUAUUUUGAGAAAAUCCAUACGAGACGCACGUGAACUAGUCAGAAGCGUUCGAAUGAAUUUUUCUAUUACAGAGAUCUUUAGAAAAAGAGAGAUAGAAGCAGACGAAGUUGUAGAUUUGAUUCGCGAUGCCCCUUAACAAUUAUAAAUGUAUAUUUAUAUACUUUUUUAUUAAUCGAUAACACAGCGCCGACUAUUUUAAUUGAGAUGAUAAGCAUUUAUAUGAAUUCAUCGUUACAAAGAGAUGCUCCUUGUAAAUAUGUAUUAAGUCAAUCUGUACCUAAGUUAUCUUCGAAUUACUUUAAGAAUAGGAAUAAAUAGCGAUAGAUGUUU